AUUUUUGUUUUAACAUUUAGACAUGUAUUGUUUUAGAACGUCCAGUGCCUCAUUAAAAAUUGAUGGUGUGAAGAGUUUCACAUAUGGAGAAUAUGCCUCAGCAACAAACAAUUUUGAUAGCUCUGCUCAAAUUGGCCAAGGUGGGUGCGGAAAGGUCUAUAUAGGCACUCUGGCUGAUGGCACUAUUGUGGCCAUAAAAUGUGCACAAGAGGGGUUGUUACAGGGUGAAAAGGAGUUCCUAAUUGAAAUACGGUUGUUGUCAAGGUUACAUCAUCGGAACCUUGUUUCUUUGCUUGGUUAUUGCGAUGAAGAAGGUGAACAGGAAUGGAUGGGUUCUCUUUACAAGAUUGGUGCGAAAACCCAACCAAAUGUUUAAAGAGCAAUGUCAACAUGAAAGAAAGAGUUUGAACUAGACCCUUUUCCCAGGGACUUUAAUUUGUUACAUUUUUUCUGCAGAAGCCGGUGAUUAAGAAAAUCGUUUCACCUGC